UGGAGGUGACCCGCUGCUGAAUCAGAGGGGCCGGUAACCUUAACCCGCCGGGAUCGGAACGGAUACGCCGGCCCGGAUCGGGUUCCCACCCAAGUUUUCCACCCGCGGCUCCGCCACAGCAGGACAGGGCCGCGGCGAGGGACGGUGGCGUGGCCGGGGGCUGCCGCGGUGCCCCCUCGCCCGGGCGCCCCCGGUGCCCAUCGCAACCCGGCCGGUCUCUAAUCGCACCUGCGGGUAAUCGAACGGGUCGCAGCCCCCCGGGGCCCCGUCCCACUCCGUGGGUCCGGGGCAGCUCAGCCGCCCCUGCCGCGGGCGCUCCGUCCGGCCCCGCCGCGACGCCCGGGCUCGGCAGCGCCGGGGAGCCCCCGCCGGCCCCCGGGGGCCGCCCCGCCUCGGCGGAAGAUGCCAACGAAUGGGAUCCACCAGGUGCUGAAGAUCCAGUUCGGGUUGAUCAACUGCGAGAGCCGGUACCUGACGGCCGAGAGCUUCGGCUACAAGGUGAACGCCUCGGCGCCCAGCCUCAAGCGCAAGCAGAUCUGGACGCUGGAGCAGGAUGAAGCCGACAGCUCCAUCGUCUUCCUCAAGAGCCAUCUGGGCCGGUACCUGGGCGCCGACAAGGACGGCAAGGUGCGCUGCGAGGCGGAGCAGCCGGGCCGGGACGAAGGCUUCAGCAUCAUCACGCAGUCGGACGGGCGCUGGGCGCUGCAGUCGGCCCCGCACCGGCGCUUCUUCGGCGGCCGCGAGGACCGGCUGUCCUGCUUCGCCCCCAGCGUGACCGAGGGGGAGCUCUGGACCGUGCACCUGGCCAUGCACCCCCAGGCCAACCUGCUGAGCGUCAGCCGCCGCCGCUACGCCCACCUGAGCGCCCACGAGGACGAGAUCGCCACCGACAGCAACCUGCCCUGGGGGGUGGACGCGCUCAUCACGCUCUGCUUCCAGGACAAGAAGUACAGCCUGCGCACGGCCGACGAGCGCUACCUGCGCUGCGAUGGCACCUUGGUGCCCGAGCCCGGCGCUGGCACCGGCUACACCCUCGAGUUCAAGGCCGGCAAGUUGGCGUUCAAGGACUGCGACGGGAAGUACCUGGCGCCCACCGGACCCACCGGCACCCUCAAAUCCGGCCGCAGCUCCAAGCCGGGCAAAGAUGAACUCUUUGACCUGGAGGAGAGUCACCCCCAGGUGGUGUUCACGGCGGCCAAUGGCAGAUAUGUCUCCAUCCGGCAGGGUGUGAAUGUCUCGGCAAACCAGGACGAGGAGCUGAACCACGAGACCUUCCAGCUGCAGAUCGACCGCGACACCAACAAGUGUAGCCUCCACACCAACACUGGCAGCUACUGGACCCUGGUGGCCCACGGGGGCAUCCAGGCCGUGGCCACAGAGAUUGCUGCCAACACCAUGUUUGACAUUGAGUGGCGCGGGCGGCGCGUGGCCCUGCGCGCCAGCAACGGCCGCUACGUCUGCACCAAGAGGAACGGGCAGCUGGCAGCCGUCAGCGACACCGUGGGGGAGGACGAGGAGUUCACUCUGAAGCUGAUCAACCGCCCGAUGCUGGUGCUGCGGGGGGAGCACGGCUUUGUCUGCUACCACCGGGGCUCCAACCUGCUCGACUCCAACCGCUCCGUCUACGACGUCUUCCACAUCAGCUUCAGCGACGGCGCCUACCAGAUCCAAGGCCAGGGGGGCAAGUACUGGUACGUGGCGAGCAGCGGGUCGGUGUGCAGCGACGGGGACCUGUCCGAGGAUUUCUUCUUCGAGUUCCGGGAGCGGGGCCGCGUGGCCAUCAAAGGGAAGAACGGGCGGUACCUGCGCGGGGACCCUGCGGGGACGCUGCGCGCCGACAGCGAGUCCGUGCUGCGGGCCACGCUCUGGGAGUACUGACCCCCGGAGCCCCCUGCGGCCACCUCCCCCCACAGGCACCCGCCUGACCCUGGCAAAGUGGGGUGGUGGCAGCGGUGGCACCGUCCGUGGCAGCUGUGC